GGAAAGAAUUUAAUGAUAAACACGACUGACUAUGAGAGAACCUUUGAAUAUUGUCUGAGAUCUGCUGAAUCGAAACAUGUCAAAAGGAAAUGGUAUACAGUGGAUGGCACUAUCAGUUCGAUAUCGGUGAUUAUUUCAAGUCACAGAGUUCUAUCAUUUUGGUGA